UAGGCUCCAAUUUACCAUUAUUAUUUAAACGAAGCAACAGAGUUGAUCUUCAGGCAAUGUCGUCAUCCCGCCUCUUUUAAACCAUAGCUAUUAUUGGAUAACGGAUCUGUCAAUCAAGGGCUCCUCCCAAGUUCGGUUGCCCAGCAUCGUUAUAACGCUCAAUUGAUGGGCGAAGAGGAGCGUACAGAUUGCUGGACAAGGGGAUCAUGAAUCCCUCUUUAAUAGGAGAACUACUGUAAAACCAUAUUUACAUUUUCCGUGACUCCAGAAAUGGAGCGCUAUGGUUUUUUAAUGUGAUUUGCAAGGUGACAACAGAGGAGAAAGACGAUUUUCAGCGUUAAAAUAAAAAUGAAGAGCUCACGAUUGAAAUGACAACAUUGCCAGUCUAUCGCAGCUAGCAUCCUUGUAGCGCAUCGUGAUUUGGAUGUUGUUCAGCGGGGGCUUGCAUGGACAUUCUGCUCGGCGGAUGCUGACAAUGCUGGGACUUGGUUUUCUGUAAUCUACGAUGCACAAGCCGAGAGCGCGCGGAGUACAGAGGCGAGUGAAGGUGCACAUGGACCUCUGAGAGGUUUCCCGGGAUCCCGAAUCGCAAGGGCACGUUUAUGUAGCCCUUUCACCUGACAACCGCCGGUAACCGGAUGAUGUUCCAGCGAGGAUGCUGCGCUUCCCUGUGAAGAAAAUUCGGAAGCAGUUCAAACUCCUUCUGCUGCUGGUCCUGUUCACCUUCGCCGUGUGGUUCACUUACCUGCACAUCAACCAGGGCAAAGCUAUCAAACUCCACUUCAACUACGGAAAAGAUGUGGACAGGGAGACGGAGGGGACCGAUGCCAGCCGUAAGAGGGACGCCCGCUCCUCCGCAAGCCAUCGCAGGAACGAGGACACCAGUGACAGUCACGAGGACGAGGCUAUG